CAUUGUCUGUCUCCAGAGAAACGGUAAACAGCAGCUCUCAUUAUGCAAGGGAAAGUGAAGAACUCAGUUUAAACAACUGCCAAUGUCAGCACUGCUUCCUUAAAAGACAUCAUAAAGCAUGUAUAUUACAUGACUUCAGAGCACAACAACAACGCUGGUAUAUAAAUCAUAUCACACUAUAAAUGACCAAAAAAAAAGGCUGAUUAAAAAGAUCUGAAGAACUUCAAAAUGGAAAGAGAGCAGGAGGCUCAUGGGAAAUCAUCAGCCAGCAGUUCAAAUGAAAGUGCUGCUGUUAGAUCUGAGAAGAAAGAAGAAACUUCUGAGACUAAUCCCGAAAAAAACAAUAGCCAAGGUAGAAGCAUUAGUGUUUCUAGCAGUUUCCAUGAGGAAAAUUGUGCAGUUCAAGGUAGCACACACUUUCCUAGAAUACUGCAAGGCUUUAAAAGAGAAGAUUCCUUUCCUAGUUCAUCUGAUGUAUCUAUCUGUGAAAUCAAUUCUCUUGCAAGUUCAGAGUUUGAAUUGUUUAAUAAUGCAUCUAGAAAUUCUUCCCUUUCCUCAAAUGAAGGAAGCUGGGCUUCUGAAAGCUGCUUCAAGGAAACAGAUUCAAUUCUGUUCUCAGUUCUUGAAGACCUUACAGAUAUGCAUAUUCUUGCAGCAACAGAGUUUAAUGAAGAUUUCUUGAAACUAAUGGAACCUUUUGAAGAUACUCUUUCUACUAUUGGACCACCUAAAAUUCUAGCAUAUAAACAAGAAUCUGUGACAAAAGUCAGUCGGCCUCUAGAUGUAAUACCACAGAGUUGGGAAAAUCCUGCUCAUGGCGCUGUUUGUGAAUUUUGUGGACAGCAAACAAUACCAUUUUCUGCAAUUGGACAACUAAAAACUACAGACACAAAAAUGCAAUUUUGCUGCAAGGAAUAUGAAAACCUAGUUGAGUUUGUCAUUAAGGAACAAGAACACCUAUCUUAUACAAAAGAUGUAGAGAAAAUUUCUGUAGCAGCUCACCCACCCCACGGUAGCCAGUCUGAAAGGGAAAGAGCAAGACAAAGAACAGCACAAAGACUGCGUGAAAGAGAAAUGGAAAAAUAUUAUUCACUAUUGGACUCAGAUCCCAGCCUUUUUGCAUAUUCAAAUCAGUUGAAAGUAAUUUCUUAUCAACUGUCAAAUGCCCCACCUGCACAAGGCAGCUGGGCAACUGUACCACCAGCAACAGAUAGUCAUGAAGAAGAGGAUGAAGAAGAAAAUGAGUUCUUCAUACCAUGUGAUGAUGCUGAAGAUACUUGUAAAACAGCUGCAUCAGCACAGUUCCUUGAGAAGUUCUACAAGAAUGGCAACACUUUUCUCACUAAAUUUCCAGAUGGUUCUGCACAAGUGUUAUAUCCAUCUGGAAAUGUAGCUGUGAUUGUACUUCGGACAGAACAGGGACAUAUUACAUGCAUAGUACUGGAAGACAAAGCCAGCGAUGCUGCAAUCCAAGCUGUGAUAGAUUCGAGUGGAAAAGGUACUUGUUAUCAUCCAAAUGGAGUAGUAUGGGUAAGUUUUGAUGCUUUCGGUGGACUUUAUUCUGAUGAAAAAGGUAACCGAAUAAAGAGAUGGAUGUGGAAGAGUGAAGUCAGUUCAGCACAAUAUGCUCCAUUUAAACCCAUCUUUUUAUCCCUGAACUAUAAUAUUGGCUUCAGGAUUCUGCAAAAGGACAAAAUAUUUGUGAAUUUCCUUGCAAUGGGAAAACAAGCAAAAUUCAGUUUUGGAUCAAGGUUUCAGAUGAAAACGUCUGCUGUUCAACCAGAUGGAAACAGUUAUGUACUGGAAGAUGAUUUAAUACUGCUUGCCAUAAAAAUAAAGGCUCUAAAGAUAUUAAACAAAAUACAUGGGAUUUUAAUGUUUCCUUCAAGCAAGCAUUGGGACAGACUUAAACUUCCAUUAUAUCUUGCAACUCAAACUGAAAAGCUCUUGAAUCUGUGCAAGAACACAAAAGUAGAAAAAGACAUAAGUGCUAUAAUUCAGUACUCAGCAGAGGAGUAUGUCUAACAUUUUGAGUUCCAAGUGAUAAAAAGGAACAUUUGAGGAAUUAUAAAUUAAAUUUUGUAACAGCACAUCAUGGUGAUAAUAUUAAAACCUUAUGUCCUGAGUCAUUGAACAAAACAAGAUGCCAGAAACCAUGUACAUUAUUUUUAUCAACUUAUCAACAACAGCACCAGAUAUAAUGUCCAUCUUACAGGCAGCAUCAUUCAGUGCCUAUCUCCACACACUUGAAACUUUUUCAGGUUGCAUCUCUCUAUGUUUACCUGAUGCUCUAGAAAUGUAAGAAAUUAACUUUCAUCAUAUCUUAUUGUGUUUCUAUUUUGACUGCCCUAAUGCUAAGCUAAUAGUUCAUGAAUUUUGAGUAUGCUGAUUUGCAUGUGUGCGUGUGCGUGAGCGUGCCAGAAGUAUGCAUACACACAUGAGUAUGUGCCUGUGUGUGAGUGCGUGUUUAUUUUGUUUUUGAGUAGUUAUUGUGUGUUUAUUUUGUGUUUCACUUAUUAUUACUUGUUCAUGGCCAUGCAAAGUAAACAAGUUUUCAUGGCUAAGUAUAAGACUGCAUGUACAGUUUCACUCCAAGUUCAUUUCCAUGCAAAGUGAAGGACUGUGGCACCAAAUCUAUAUGGAGUUAUCUGAUUUAGAAUACAUAAUCUUCAAAUAAAAAUCUGUCAUCAUGAAGCUGCCAUGCUGCAUGAAGAAUUUCAAACACAUCUGGUUAUAUCUGAAUGUAAAACUCUCAAGAGUUUCUCUACCCACCAGCAACCAGUGGGUAGAACAAUCAGAUUUUAUUUCUUCUUACAGUGCAUCACAUAUCUAGUUUUCAGUAUUUGUACAGGCCGCUCCAGUAUUUUUAUAUUUGUUCUAUAAAUGGGUAAGUCUCUAUACAUAUAUUCAAGUUUGGUUGCUAGCUCUAACCUUGACAGUGCAUUGGAGAGGAUCAUGGGAAUUGUAGUUUAUUCUCCUGAAUGUAGCUUACUCAGAGCAAAUACCUCUGUUGUAGCAUUAUUUGAGCAAAAUGAUUUUUACACUGUACAGUAACUGCUGUAAUACAGAAAAUCACUACAAGAUUAUUAGAGUGCUACAUAUACAGAAGCACUCUUACCACAUAUUAUUCAACAUUGUCAUUGUCACUGGAUAUGUAAAUAAUUCCUUAUAACAUACUUCCUAAGCUAAUGGUACCUGAUAACCAACUAUGACCUGUAGACUGCAUUUUCUAAUAAACUAAGAUUGACUUUGGCAUCACUGCAUUAUAAAUGUUGCUGCAAAUGUAUAACUUGCCACACCAAAAGUUUAUAUCCUUAUUUGUUGUAUUGUGUGUAGCAUGUACCAAAAAAAUGCAAAUUAUGUUGUCAUGUUUUUAAAUAUUGGAUCAAGAAUAUGGUCAAAAACAGUCCUAUGUGAGCAUAGGAUGCUUCAUCGAAUAAAUAGAAAUAGAAGUAAAUAAAUAAUUACUAUGGUCAGUGGCAAAACUAAACCAAAUACUAACAAAGACCUAUUAAAUAAGAAGGCCUAAAUUAAUCAGUAGAAGAUAAAGCCAUACUACUUAUCUCAAACAGAUAUGCAGAUGACUAAAAAGAAAUGAAGUGAUUUAUUAACUUUUUUCUUUUUCUUUUUUGCCUUAUAAAUCUAAUCGCCUUCUUCAGCGUGUUUCUAAUGCCAAGUUUGUUUGGAGAAAGUAUAGUAGGUUUAAGAAUCAUCACCUUAUUUAAGCAAAAAAAUUCUCUAGGUUUUAAAUAAUUGUUGCUCUGAUGUUAUUACUAUAAUGAAGAGUUUGCUGUACAAAUUAAGAACGCUGUUUUUCUUCACUGCAAUAGUUACUUGCAAACAUCCAUGCUGAGUGAGCGAUAUAUAAGAAACCAGAAGAAGGAGUGAAAUAAAGGAUACUUACAUUAAGUUUUAAUCCUAAAUGUAGAUGCAUACAUUUCACUUCAUGUUACAACUGUGAAACAAUUCAGUACGUAUAGAUAUAUAAUGGCACAAUGACAGGCCUUGUAUUUAAACAAUUCUAAUUAAUUUACAGUUAAACUUCUGGUGGUAUUGGAAGACCCACCAUACAGUGCAGGAGACAUGCUGUGUUGUUCUAGGUGUUACUUAAAGACCGUUGAACAGUACAGUAUAUGGUAAAUUCAGUCAGACAUAUUUGUGUCUGAUGUUUGGCAUUCAUGUGACCAGUUCAACAAGGCUUGGACUAAAUUUAUGUGCAAGCUUAAGUGAAUUUUACUGCAUACCUGCUCAAGCUUGAGUAUACUUAAUCCAUGAAAGUCACAAGCAACUGCACAAAUUACUCUGGUCCAUUCAGUUUAAAACAAGAGUGUGCUACGUGGUGAUGUAGGGUAUGCAUUACAUUUUAAAAUACAAGCAUCUAGUGUCAUCACCAUUUGUUGCAAUGACAAAAUAUUUUAAUUACUUUUACUGUUUUGUUUGAACUGAACUGAACAAAGGUGGGCUACCACCCACAACUCUGAGCUGAGAUACCAGAGUGUAAACUAAAAUUGACUGUUUAUACUGCAUUUGUCUGUCUUUCUGUGCCUAUUAAAUCAUAUUUUACUGUUGUUUUCACUGUU